GUGCUCCUCCAGAGGAUGAAUGUAUGGGGUGGAAAAUGUACGCAGGUAUGCUGUAGACGGCCGCGAGAUAGACGUAACUUUAACAUGCUCGUUGACAAAUUAGUUGUUUGCUGAUUCAACAUUCUGUGUUGUGAUUUGUUCUUCCGAGAAGCUGAGAAGUAGACCUCGUAGCCCUCGACCGUAUCCCAACUAAGCAAGAACAUAAUGUAAUAUCGCGCAAAUGAUAGCAGCAAGCGUUCCCAAUUAAGAUGGAUGUCCACGGUGCUGGGGUGAUCGCAAUUCUGGGCACAGUUGGAGCUGCUACCGGGGCACUCUCAGCGGUGAUUGUUUAUACUAUUUGCGCACGUCGUCGACGAUUACUUACUUCGAUCGGGGGACCACUCAACUGGUUUGAAAAGGAUUUAUUGGACAGAGCUGAAGAAGCAGCAAAGUCAUCAAAAGACGUUUUGGUCGGUGUCGCGCUUUCGCGUGAUAAUAAGGGUAUCAGACAGAAUGACAGUCAUUCAGACGAUGAUGAAUGGCAGUCUGAUCACGUCUUUGAUAGCAUCGCCAGUGAUUCUCCCAAAAGAGUUAUACAGCAUCUCUCGGAAUCAGAUGGUACAUCUCCAUCUCCUGUAAGUCCACUUGCACCACUUAUUCCGGAAGGCACACUGAUCGCAUCUGAGAAACGGAUGAUAAUCGUUAGACCACCACCGCGCAGUAUAGAUGAGUGUUAUUCUAAAUUGUGUAGCGUUGAAGUUGAGUCGACUCCACGGCAUAAGCUCUCAUCCUCCUCCUCGACUUCUUCGUGCGAUGAAAUCAGAGGUGAAUUAAAAUUAGGAUUGCUAUAUGAUGCUAACGCUGGAAUCCUUACUGUGAGACUUAUCGAGGCACAUGAUCUUCGUGCUCGUGAAUUGAGCGACAUCGCAGAUCCUUAUGCCAAGAUACGUUUGUUACCUGAUCGUAAUAAUAUAUGGCAAACUAGAAUACACAGGCGCACUUUAAAUCCUGUAUUCGAUGAAGAUUUUGUAUUUGAAGUAACGCCUACAUCAUCAUUGGCUGAAAGAACAUUAGAAAUCCUGCUGUAUGAUUUCGAUGCGUUUACAAGACAUCGUGGUUUAGGCUAUGUACAACUUCCUCUUUCCUCCGUGCCAAAUCUCAAUACUAACUUGGUCACCAUUAUAAAACCAAUUCUGCGAUAUGGAACGGAAGGUGGAUUUAAGGCGCCACCUCUGGGCGAAUUAAUGGUCUCUCUUUCAUAUCAGUUGUCUAUCGAGAAACUAACAGUUAUUGUUGUUAGAGCAAGAAAUUUAUCAAUUUUCAACGAUCCUGCAAACGCUAAUCCAUACGUGAAGGUGUCGCUCAUUCAGGAUGGUAAAAGUAUCAAGAAGAAGAAAUCCAGUAUACAACGCGAAGCCACCAGUCCCGUAUGGAACGAUAUUCUUACCUUCGAUAUCAGCAACGAUGUAUUACCGAAUUGUGUCUUACAAUUCUCUGUGCUGCGAGCCAAUGGCGAUCUCUUAGCCAGGUGCGAAGUAUCUGGUUCAUGUCAAAAAGAGUUGUUUCAGCGCGUAUUAUCCGGAAAAGGUGCUUCGGCACAAUGGUUACCAUUGUCAGAACCAGAAGUGCAAUAUAAUAACAGCGAAUUAAAAAAUUAAGCAACACGGUAAUAUUUCUUAUUUCUUACAUUAAAUAUUCUUAUAGCGAAUAAUAUUUUUAAUAAAAAUUGUUUUAAAGCUUCCGUGUAUUUUUAUUUUAAGGCGCAACAUAUUGCUAUUGAAAAAAGUUGCCAAAUAUAUUUUGACAAAAGUUACACAUAAUUGCCAUGUAUUUAUUUUUUCCUGUUUAAUGUUAUUUAUAAAUAAUUUUAAGAUAAUAUUUCUGGUUUUACUUUUGUGUUACAUCGAUUAAUUUCCAUAUUCCUACAUCAAAUUUGUAUUUAGCACAUUCUUUAAGUUUUCGUCGACAAUUGUGUUUUCCGCAUAUGUUUAUUGCAAUUAACAGGAAAAGUAUAGGUCAAUUGAAUAUAUGUUUGUUUUUUUAUGUAUAUCACAAUAAACAAUUAUUUUCGCUACAAAUACACAUCAAGAAGGAAGAAUUCAAAAUAAAAAGCAUAUAAUAUGUUUUUUGUUUAAAUAAGUUUCUAUAAUUUAUAAGGAUUAUAGAUAUAAAUUUUUGAAUUUUUAUUAAUAAUUAAAAUAAUAAAUAAAAUACUGCUAUAUUUUUAAUUUUUACGUGACUCAUAAACGCUCAACGAUUGGCUGUUGCUGUCGUGACGUCAUAUUGUUACUUAUGAGAAAAUGGCACCAGAAUGCUCACGUCCAUCAAUUGAAUAAUUUAAAAUACAAUGUUCUAAUUGGUGGAUACAAGAGGAAAACUAUAGCAGCAAUCACUUGUGAAUGGCUAUAAUCAAUCCGAACGUGGCUAUUCUGGACGCUCCUCUUAUGAGAAAAUGAAUAUAUCAUUAUUUUUAUAAAUAAUUAUUUAUUAAUACAAAAUGUGGCGGAAACAGGAUUUGCCAAAGCAAAUUCAAAAAAUUUGCCAAAAAUUGACAUAUUUAUAGAUAGUGGUUGAAUUUAUUAAUAACUGACGAUAGAUUUAACACAGCAGAAAUAAAACUAGUUAAAGCAUCUUUGUAAAUACAACAUAUGUGUAUAUGUAUACUAAUAAUUUUAAAUAAUAUAUAUUCUUCUAUUUCAAUAAUCAUUGGACAUUAAAAUUUUAAUAUAAGUUAUCUCAAGAAACCUGCAGCGAUACUGCUAUAAGUUAUGUUUGUUUACGUACAGAAUAUUCACAUUGUACUAUUAAAGGAAAAA